AUGCCUGCGCCACUCGCUGUAUACGUCAUCUCUCUAGCCUUCUUUUGGAUAUGUGUGCUUGCGGACGACCCAUUCCCGGUGGGGGCCAGCCGUCCCGCCAACAGCACGGUGGGGCCGGCGGACCCCAGGUCCGUGAUGGGCCGCGUGCCGCCGUACCAGCCGCCAGCAAUGGGCAACGGCCCCAUCUCUAUGCAGGGCCCCCCGGUGUUCCGGCCCCACAGCCCGUAUACGCGAGUUGAACCGUGGAAUCCUCAUCCACUUUUCGAGAAACAUCCCUUCGACGUAGUCGCUGAAGGAAUGGACGGCAACGACGACGAUGGCGGCUGCAACCAGCCUUGUCUCAGCCAACAUUUUUCGUGUCAAAUAUCGUGCACGUGCAUCCCUAUGGAGAAGCGUUGCGACGGCGUGGCGGAGUGCGCGGAGGCCGAGGACGAGGCCGGCUGCGCGCGCUCGUGCGACGAGCACGAGAACCGCACCAUCUGCCACACCACCAACGUGUGCAUCGCGCUGGACUGGCUCUGUGAUGGGGACAACGACUGUGGCGACUUCUCCGACGAGACUCAUUGCGGAGCUGAGAACUGUACCGAAGAGCAGUUCUUGUGCGGGAACGGACUGUGCAUCCACAAGGACUGGGUCUGCGACGGCGACAACGACUGUCGCGACAACUCUGACGAAACCAACUGCACCAAGGGCCAGUGCCGUGACAACCAAUUCAUGUGCGCUAUGGGCGAGUGCAUCGCCAAGCACUGGAAGUGCGACAAGGAAGCCGACUGCCCUGACAGCUCCGAUGAGGCAGAUUGCCGUGAAGUGGACCUCCUCCGUUGUGGUGAGAGCGAGUUCCAAUGCGACAACAAGAAGUGCAUCCGCAAAGAGUUCCAGUGUGACGGCGACAACGACUGCGGUGACUGGACUGAUGAAGACUCCUGCCCCAUGAUGCCGGGGAGCUGUAACGCGGGGGAGUUCAAAUGUAGCGACGGCAAAUGUAUCCCUGAACGUUGGCGCUGCGACUCCGAAAGGGACUGCGCUGAUGGGGGUGACGAGCUGAACUGCGAGCCCCAUGUUAUGAGGAACUGUACCGCUGAGGAGUACACUUGCACGGAUCGGCGAUGCAUUUUGAAAACCUGGUUAUGUGAUGGAGUUCGUGAUUGCACCAACGGCGAAGAUGAGAUGAACUGCCAAGUGUUUUGCGAAGAAGACCAGUACAUGUGCAAGACUCAAGAACAUCUGCUCAGCAACGCUUUUAGAAACUGCGUAAAUAGAAAGCAUGUAUGUGACGGCAUGAAGGAUUGCCCACGGGGCGAUGAUGAGGAGAAAUGUCCAACGAAAAGGAAGUGUACCCAAGAUGACAAAUGCGAAAGGGAUUGCAUUACUACGUUCGAUGGUCUACUGGCCUGCGCUUGUCCUUUAGGAUUCCUGUUAGCUGAUGAUGGUUAUAGUUGCCGUGAUAUCGACGAGUGCAUGUACGAGCAAGAUCCAGUGUGCUCGCAAACAUGCUCCAAUACUGUAGGCAGUUUCCAAUGUGGCUGUAUGACGGGCUAUAUAUUACGACCUGAUGGACGAUCCUGCAAGCCUACUGGGGAAUCCCCUUCGUUGCUGUUCUCUAACCGUAUAGGAAUACGACAGGUGUGGUUGACUGGCGAUAACUACAUGUCGGUGGUCAAAGGUCUACAUAAUGCAGUUGCUCUUGAUUACCACUACGAGAAAAAGCUAAUAUUCUGGUCAGAAAACAACUUGAGGGUUAUUCGCGUAGCUGACGCUAAUGGUACUAUGAAAGAUGUCAUAAAAUGGGGCUUAGAAACGCCUGGUGGUGUUGCCGUCGACUGGAUACACGAUUUGCUCUUUUGGACCGAUUCUGGCACUAGGCGGGUGGAGGUAGCAACUCUGAAUGGUACUCAAAGAGCUGUGCUUGCAGCCAAUGACUUGGACAAGCCUCGAGCUAUUGCUGUCCAUCCAGGAGACGCUUUAGUAUUUUGGACCGAUUGGGGUCCCAACCCAAAAAUAGAGCGAGCAGAUAUGGAUGGAAGUCGUCGGAAGAGCGUCAUAGUAAACAGGAUAUUUUGGCCCAACGGCCUAACGAUAGAUUACACUGAGUCAAAGAUUUACUGGGCUGAUGCUAAGCAUCAUGUUAUUGAAAGAGCUACUUUCGACGGGCGAGACAGAAAAAGGAUUACUAACAAAGGUCUACCUCAUCCAUUUGCAAUAACGCUAUUCGAAGAUGCCAUUUACUGGACUGAUUGGCAUACUAAAAGCAUAUCAACUAUUAAUAAGGAGACGGGAAUGGGUAUCCAAACUGUGCAUGCCGGCCUAAAUGUUCCUAUGGAUAUACACAGUUAUCACCCCCUGAGGCAGCUAAAGACCUAUAAGAACCGCUGCGGCCCUAACAAUGGUGGUUGUUCUCACCUUUGCCUUCCAAACAGCAACGAUCGGACCUGCCGUUGUCCGGUCGGAUUUAAUCUAAACCCUGAUGGUCGAACAUGUGAAGAAACACCAGAAAAAUUAUUACUUUAUGCACGACGAAAGGACAUAAGACUGAAACAAUUAAAUCCGAGAAAACAAACUGACUCUUUGGACAUGGUAAUUCCCGUGGACAACAUAAAGUCAGCAGUGGCAUUGGAUUGGGAUCAUAACACUAAUUCAAUAUUUUGGACGGACGUGGAGAAGGACACUAUCAACCGCGCCUAUUUGAAUGGAUCCCACCAGACUGUGAUAGUCGGCUCCAACCUGAUAUCACCGGCCGGUCUUGCCUAUGAUUGGAUAACUGAUAAAAUAUACUGGACCGAUGCCGGCACUAACAGGAUUGAGGCAGCAAAUUCCAAUGGAUCCAUGAGAGCCUUGCUUGCAUGGGAGAACAUAGACAAACCUAGAGAUAUUGUAGUCGACCCUAAAGGUGGAGUCAUGUAUUGGUCCGACUGGGGAACUACACCAUGUAUUGAACGUGCAGACAUGGAUGGAGGGAACCGUCAAAAGUUGAUAUUUGGGGAGAUGACGUGGCCUAAUGGACUAGCUUUAGAUCUUGGAAGCAACCGCAUCUAUUGGACGGACGGGGGCAACCGCACUAUUGAAUAUGCGAAUCUUGAUGGUACUGGAAGGACCAUUUUGAUUGGUCAACAUUUGCCUCAUCCGUUUGGCUUGGACUUACAUGGUGACGAAGUUUUUUGGACAGACUGGGAUACACAGUCGAUCCAGGCUGCUAACAAAUAUACCGGCAAAAACAGGCGAACUUUAGGUUCGGGAGUUGCAGGUCUGAUGGAUGUACGAGUCUUCCACAAGGACAGGAUUGAAGGAGUCAACAGAUGCGGUAAAAACAAUGGUGGAUGUUCACAUCUCUGUCUCUUAAAACCAGGAGGUUACACUUGCGCCUGCCCGAUUGGAAUCAAACUCACUGGGAAUGGAAAAACUUGUUUAAACGGACCUGUAAACUACUUAAUUUUUGCUCACCGUGUGGACAUUCGUAUUGUGUCCUUAGAUGUGCCGUAUUUGGUUGAUGUUGUUCUUCCGCUACCACCAUUAAAGAAUGCACUUGGAGUGGAUGUGGAUCAACGAACCGGCCUCGUUUAUUGGACUGAUACUGGAGAAAGAAUGAUCAAGCGGGCUCAUAGAGAAGGCUACAACAAUGAGACCGUAGUAGGGAAAGGUCUUCAUACAGUGGACGGCAUUGUCAUUGACUCGGCUGGACGCAAGAUCUAUUGGACUGACGGUGGCCGUAACAGCAUCGAGGUAGCAGAGUUAAACGGCAACAAUAGGAAGCUUCUGAUAUGGACCGGUCUAGACUCACCUAGGGCUAUAGCGUUACACUAUGAGGAGGGCUUCAUGUUUUGGUCUGAUUGGGGACAAUCAGCCAAAAUUGAAAGAGCUGACAUGGAUGGGAAAAACCGACGCAUCAUCGUCGAUAAUAACAUCAAAUGGCCCAACGGCUUAGCCAUUGACAACAUUGAAGGUCGCCUCUACUGGAACGAUGCUAAAAUCCUAACGAUAGAGAGCUCCGACUUCGAAGGCAACGACAGACGCGUAAUCUUGAGCAAAGUACCCUAUCCUUACGGCAUUGUUAUUGUUGGACAACACAUUUACUGGACUGAUUGGAAGACUAAAGCUCUACAUAGAGCCGAUAAAGCGAAUGCCAAAGAUGGAAUUAUCAUAAGAGAGAAUCUAGAGGGCCUGAUGGAUAUACGAGCUAUUCAGGGAGAACGAGUGCUAAAUGAUGCUUGUGGCACAAACAAUGGAGGAUGCUCCCAUCUGUGUCUUCGAUCACCCAAAGGAUUCUCGUGUGCUUGUCCCACGGGUUUAUUAUUCGAAAAUCAAACGGACCCCAAUCCAAAGAAAUGUAGGCAAUAUCCCGAAAACUACCUGUUCUUUGCUACAAGAGGAAGUCUUGCAAUGAUCUCGCUAGAUACGCCGGAGCAUUGGGAUGUCAAUCUGCCAAUAAAGGAAGCUGAUAAUACCAUCGCUGUUGAUUUCCACUGGGAAUACAAAUUACUGUUCUACACCGAUAUCAACAGGAAUUGCGUUAGCACCAUCGAUAUGCAUGACAUGAGCCGAAGUAAGAUUAUAGUUAAAGGCAGGCUCAAUACACCCAACGGCUUGAGCGUUGAUUGGAUUGCCAACAACCUUUACUGGUCUGACAAUAAUUAUAAGGUUAUUGAAGUGGCAAGGUUGGAUGGAUCAUCACGGAAAACUUUAAUUACUGGGCUCAAGGAACCUCGGGCACUAGCUUUGUUCCCAGCUAAGGGAUAUCUUUACUGGAGCGACUGGGGAGAGACUCCUAGCAUUGAAAGGGCAUAUCUAGAUGGAAGUCAGAGAAAGAUUAUUAUCAACCAAGAUCUAGGAUUUCCAAACGGCAUUACGAUAGAUUACAAGGAGCGGAGAUUAUACUGGACUGAUGCUUUAAAAGAUAGGAUUGACACUUCUGACCUGAACGGCAACCAUAGGGUGCAGUUAGUUCCUGAAGCGAAAAAUGCAUUUGGGAUGACUCAGUUUAACGACUACAUUUACUGGACGGAUUGGUUCAAAAAAUCAGUAAUGAGAGCCGACAAGAGGACAGGCAAAAACGUGACAGUGAUAAGACAAGAUUUGGAUAUGACCAUGGAGAUCAGAGCGGUGUCGGCUGAGAGGCAGCAUGGAUGGAACCCUUGCAAGGAAGACAACGGCGGCUGCUCGCAUCUAUGCUUGUUUAGAGCUCACGACUACAUCUGUGCUUGUCCAGAUGAAGCCGACUCGAAGCCUUGCUCUACAGUGCCCAAGUCGCGGAUCGAAGGUCAGAUGCCUGCGCACUACCCUCCGUAUUACGACUACCGGGACAUUGACUCCGAAGAUACGUUCUUCAUGCCACCUACAGUGGUGCCAGAGACCAGCGUCAGCGCGAUUCUGAUCGUGGUCGCAAUCCUGAUCUGUAUCAUCAUCGCCGUGGUUAUUAUCGCGUUUGUUUGCGUGAAGAUCAACAAAGAGCGAGGAGAGGAGCUGAAGGAGACCUACCGCGAGUCGGCCGGCCACAUCUCGUUCCACAACCCGAACUAUAACUGCGCGACCGGUAGCAGCUCCGCUUCUGGCUCCGGCGAGCCACUGGAGCGCAGGUCCAACCGGUUCCAAGGAAUAUUCAAAUACGACAAAAGUCAGGAGCGCGUAACCAACGUCUACAUCCCUGAAGGCACGAGCCUGCUGCCUGCUCCUCCACCACCGCCGCACCGGCAGCCGCCGCGCCCGUCCACACACGACGACUUCGAACCGGUCACACUGCACCCGUUCGCAUGAGACGAGCUCAAUACGAAGCUCGACAUUGAGUUGGCAGAGGCUUUCCGAGGGUUCUCGAUGUAAACCCUCGACGACCGAUUGCGUAAACGCGACCGUUUGCACUAACUCCAUCUUUCAAAAGUAGUAAUUCAUCUAAUUUGUGUUUAAAGUCCAGUACUCAAUUGAUUUGUUAAACUAUUGUUGUUAAACGAUUGAUUGAUAAACUGAUUCACGAUAACUUUAAACAGCUGUAGUUGGUGAACAUUGCCCUAAAUAUUAAAAAUGUCUUUAUUAUGAGACCACGGGUAAAAUUAAGAACAUUUUUUGACAUAGAUCAUACUACAUAGAUUUACAUGUGAAAACGGUCGCUUCACGUAAUGAUACUACGGUUUUCCUAAUGGUUCCUAUAAUUGGAAAUGCUAAUGCCCUGAUGUUCAACUGUAUGAUUGAUCAGUUCAUAAUAACAUGAUUAAAAAAAAGGAAAAUGAAUUAUAACUUUGCGGCGAGUCACGAGUUUGUAGUGUGUAGGAACCAUUACUAAACAUUCUGCAACUCAUAUCGAGAUUCGUAAUGAUUUGUCUGCAAUCACCAACCAAACGAUUUCGCUACAAAAUGCUCAAGCUAACGAAAACUGAGCUCACCACGCAAGCUCAAUAGGUGUGGCUCUACUGUGACACUAAAUACUAAUUUAAAAAUAGUUAUCUACCUUUAUAGGUAACCACAUGACUUGACUAAUCAACAGGACGUAACUUGGCUUUUCUCUCAACCUACGAAAUUAUAAGUGCUACGAAUCGUGUAAUCGUCUACGAGAUUUCGUAGCUGCGUAGCCUACGACUCCGCAUUUACGGAGGCUACGAAACUCAACAUUCGUUGGUGUCAUCAAAAGGCUUUAUGUGCAAAUAUUUUUAUCGAAUUUCUGCACACGAGAAACUAAUUGCAAUUGCGAUUGUAUUUACCUAGGUAUUUGUCCGUGAAAAAAGUUUUAAGUACUUUAAAAGACAAUUUAAAUCAAGACAGGUAUUUAAACAAAGGUUUAACCGAUGCGUAAAACUGUUUUCAUAUUUAUUAUUUAAGAUACAUACAAAAACCUAAAAUCUAUUUGUAAACCGCAUUAUUAUAGAUACAGUGACGUUGAAGUCAUUUAUAAUAAUUUAAUUGAUAUUAUUUAUCAUGUAGCUUAGCAUUUAAUGAAUUGAAUGGUAUUAUUUCGUGAUAAAUGGAAAUGUUAUCGAUAUGUACUAAUCGAUUAUAUCGAGUGUACUAUUCGAUGAAGUCUCGUUUGAAGUAUACGAGGAAACAAUCGCCGUCUGAAUGCGGCCUAUCAAUGAAACGAGGACGAUGACGGGACUUCAGUUUGCUUUCAUUGUGUUUCUCCUUGGGAUCGAUCUAUUAUAAAAUCGUCAAUUUCAGAUUUGGAAAUGUCCAAAAGGAUACGUAGAUAUUUUAAGAUCACAUUGUUAGUAAAUAAAUGAAUACAAUUUAUUCUCUUGUGGAUGGAUCGUUUCAAUAUGUCUAUGAUUUGGAGUUACUGUACGUAGAAUAACAAGUAUUAAGAACUAGCUCGUAAUAAGAUGUUAGACAUUAUUCAUUUAAAUUUUCAAGUGCGUUUCUCUACAGUUAAUUUCAUAAUAAAUAAUUACAUACCACAUCUUAUAACAAUAACAUAUGUUUUAUUAUAAAUAAGACAUAUUAUAAUACUACAGUAUAAUACCGAAAUGGUUACCUAUUGUUAUAGUUUAUAGAAAUAGAUAAAUACGUUUAGAAAUUAUAGGAAAUUAAAGAAAACAUCUUGUGUGUAAAUAGAUGUCUACAAGCAAAUAAUGUACUUACUCCAUAUUCGUUGUAUCUCAUUCCAUAAAUAAUACUAAUAAAAAGAAUUAGUGGUAAGAACUCAAAUUUUAUAACUACGGUGGCAUGCUAAAUGGUAGUAACUCGAUUUUAAUUUAGUUAUAUCUUUUGUAUUUGCAGAUGUCAUAAAAUGACUAUCUCAUUUUCGGACAUUGUUAGACAAUGCAACUUUAGCAUGAUACCGCAGUACAAAAAAAUAAAAAUUAUCAAAAACAUUGAGCGUGUGUUUGUAUAUGAGAGGAAGGAUAUGUGUAAAACGAUAUAUACAUGAUAUUUAUUAUUUUUGUACACCAUUUGUGCUGGACGCACGCCUCGCCGCGGCUCACGGGAGGCGUCGCCGCAGCUCAAAUUUAAUUAUGUAAUAUAUAGAUUUUUAUAGACGUACUGAAGUUUGGGAUCGUUUUGUGACCACGCAAAUAUUUCGAGGAAUACCCUGUGGUGAAAUCCCAAACUUCAUAUAAUACUCAUUUUUCGAAAGCUCGAACUAUGGAGGAAUCAGGAAAACGAAAGACUUUUAAGUUAAUUUAAUUUUUAUAUCUUUAAAUUGCCAAAUUUAAUUUCGGUAUAAAUAAUAACGAAUUCACUUUUAGAAGUAAUUCACCAGGAUUAUUAUGGUGACAAUAAAAUAUCAAUGUAAAUAGUUAGUUUUAAUUAUGACGUUUUUUGUCAAACAAAUGAUAUUGCAUUGUAAAUAAUAGUUUAUUUAUAAAGGGCAUUCCUUGAACGGCACAUGUUUUGAAACCAGUCUUACUUUCUUUGAUAUAACGGCGGCAUUUAAUGUUUACCAUUGUUAUCUGUUAUUGCAAAUAAUUCUUUAAGAACUCUACCAGACAGAAAAAAUAUAUUAAAUUCGCCUUACAUUAACAUACUUAUAUAAAAUAAGGACAGGGGUUAAAAUAUGUGCUUUUAAAGGGACACUCGUUACGUGAUGCG